AUGCAGAGUGCGGAGAUUGCGUUCUUUGCGAACGACACUCAGAAAUUUGACGCCCCGAGUGAUUAUCGCGUCCAGACUAGCCAAUCUGGGAAAUGGGCAAAUGUUUCCAAUGGCAAAUUCGACAAGGUUGUUGCGAACGGUGUCAUAAAGGCUUCUUGGGAUGCUGUCAGCUCAGAAAGUAUUAGGCUAUAUUUCACACCCAAGAAGGGACUGCAAGCGAGAUUGAUUGAGUUGAAGGUAUUUGGAGUUUAA